UGAUAGUAUUUAAACAUGGAACAGCUUAAAGUUUGCCGAAUUUGUCUAAUAACAGACGUUAAAAUGUAUAAUUUGCAAUUGUCCCCAUUGGUAACGUACUUUGAACCGAUUAUUGGACUAAAUCCACUAAGCACAAUGGAGCUACCACCAUAUGCCUGCUACGAGUGUGCCACACUUCUUAAAAAAUACUACAAGUUCAGGGAGAGAUGUCUUAUAGGACAAUCUGUACUUUACGGCAUGCUUCAAACUACUGGACAGAUAACAUCACAAGAUAUAAAACAAGUGGACAGGCAAGAACUGAAUUUAGCAUCACCAUUAGCAAAAUCAAAUAUAUCAACUACAAACCCAAAAGCCUACACAAAUGACAACUCAGAACUAAUCAAGAACGAACCAGAUGACAUCAAAGACUCCACCGAAUCCAUGUCUGUGAAAAAUGAAGACAGUUGCGAUGUUCCUUUCGAUAACAUCGUGUCCAGUGAUGAUGAUGAACCAUUGUCAUUGCAUAAGAGUAUGAAAGAGAAGGAGAAGAAAAAAGGAAAAUCUGGGCGGAAGAAGAAGGAGGAUGUAGUGGAAAUAACAGACAAUGUAAUACCUUUCCCCCAAGAGUUAUCCACUGAACCUGAGUGUACAGAAAUACAAACCCCCGCAGUUCCAGUCAAAAAAAAACGAGGUCGGCCAAAAAAGACUGACGUACCCAAAACAGUGGCUAAAAAGGAAGAAAAAAAGAAAUCUCGGAGAACAACAAAUACAGGCGGAGUGUCGGAGGAUGACAAUUCUGUGGACUUGGAAGAUUACGCCACAGUUGUCAAGUUAACAUUUGAAGAGCAGUUGGAAGAGAUAAAGAAGCGUGAGCAGUCGUCAAAUUACCAGAACGCGCCGUUCCAAUGCAGUUUAUGCUACAAAGGCUUCAUCGAUACUCGUGCUUGGGAACAUCAUGUUGGGAAACACGACCCGAGUGCUGGUGACAUCGAGUGCCCAAUCUGUAAGUUCCGCUUCAAGACGAAACGAAAGCUGCAGAAGCACGCCGCUAAUCACGAGAAGAAGUAUGCUUGCAAGUCCUGCUCAUAUGUCUCUAAAACCACAACUCAAGCGAAACAGCAUCAUAGAUGGCACAAAGGGGUCACAUUUAAAUGUCAAUUCUGUGAUGAAAUAUCAACCAAAUGGACGUCGUACCUGAGCCACGUGCGCAUCAAGCACCCGUCGGAGUUCAUCUGCGGCGUGUGCGGGUACUCCUUCGUCAGCAAGCUGGGGCUGGCCAUGCACAGGACCAUGAUGCACAAGGACCUCGAGAAGACUGAAUCGGUAGAGGGCCUUGAAACAGGCCCAUACUGCCAGGAGUGCGACGUCAAGUUUGUCUCGGUGGAGGCAUAUAAACGACACAUGGUUAUCUCCGCCAAGCACGUGAAGAAUAACGAUUUCAAGGGCUGCAAAGUGUGUGGCGAGACGUUCAAGAACCAAGAGGAAUUAAGGGUGCACCACAGAAAGGAGCAUGCCAGGAAACGACCCAAGAACUACGGCAAGAAACCUUCCAACAUGACCUGGCCUGCCAACUGUGAACAUUGCUCCGAGGUGAUACCGAACGCGCGCGAGUUUUGGGUGCAUUUCCGUCGAGUGCACCCCGACAAGAGCUACCCCAUCCAGAAGAACUAUGUCUGCGACAUCUGCGGGAAGAGUUUCCGGGGCAACGCCUUCCUCGUAUACCAUAGACGUACACACUUCGAAGAGCGCGCGUACAAAUGCACGCUAUGCCCGAAGGCAUUCUUCAACCGCACAAACCUGCAAAUGCACGAAAAAGUGCACUCAGAGAGUCGACCGUAUCCGUGCGAUAUUUGUCUGAAGGCUUUCAAAUGCAAAGGAGCUUUGGAUCGGCAUUAUAGGAGUCACACCGGCGUGAAGCCCUACGAAUGCGAAGUGUGCGGCAAGGCGUUCGGACAGUCGAACUCGCGCAAACUCCACGUCAGAACCGUCCAUUUACGCCAGCCCGCACCAUAUUUGUCCAAGAACAGACUGGAACGGCGCCGGCAAAACCCCCCACCGCCUAAUACUACUAACAACCCAUAUUUUCUUUAUUGAUUUUAUUUAAAUGAACACAAGUCAGUGCUUGUCGACAUACACGACAGUCAACUAUACUAAAAUGAUGUUGAAUAUAUAGGAAUGUUCCAUACUUUCUUAGAUGCCAAAAGACGUCAGGGAUCAGCGUGAAAGGCCAGGGUAGAGGGUGGAGAAACAUUCGAUGUGGUUUGUUGAAAAUUAGGAAUUAUAAAAGUAACAGAGGGGCGCGCGUAAAUGCAAAAUAACUUGCCAUUCCGUAUUUUUUUUAACUGACGUUAGGCGGGGACCAUUCUCUCGAAUUCCAAUUUCAAAACAGUAUUUGUUUUUUUGUUGGCGCUUCGGGCGCGGUUACAAUUGGUCGUCGAUAGACCGUUCAACUCUUUGAGUAAAGUUCUUGGUUAUUUCCUCGAUGGGUUCGACCAAUCAAAUGGUAACCACAAUAAUGGGUAAUUUUUUUUAAAUUAUAAAUAGUGGAAAUAUGUCUGAAAAGUUGCAAAAAUAUAAUUCG